UGUAUAUAAGGAAAUGCGCGGUCUAUCAGCAGCAGUAGAGCGCGUGCGUCCUGCGUACAGUGAGGAUAAUGAAGUGGGUGUUGCUGCUAAGUCUCGCGGUCAGUUUGGCCACUGGCCGAACGAUCUUCGACUACGAGCGGGAUGGCCUGGAAAACAAGCAGAAAGGACUUCCUGGAAGAUCUGUAACGGGACAGUAUGAGUGGAGAGGACCAGAUGGUAAAGUGACUGAAGUUUCUUACAUCGCUGACCAUAAUGGAUUCCGGCUACUCGAUGACCUAGAGCUGAAGCCGCCAACAGAGCCAUUCCGUCAAGCAGAGAGCACCGCACAAGCAAACACCAGAUAUUCAUCAGCCUUUUCUAAUAGCGAACAGGAAGAGGAGGAGGAGGGAGAAGAGGAGGAAGAGGAGAAUGAAACUGAAGAAGGAGAAACGGAAGAGGAAGAGCACGAAGAGGAGGGUGGCGAGGAAGCUUCAGAAGCGCAAGAGGUAGAAAGAAAGGCGGAGCAAGAAGAAACAGAGCAAGAAGAGACAGAUGCUGCAGCAUCUGAGGCUGAGAAAGCUGAAUCUCCUAAGGCCAAUGAGAAAGAAGCUGAUGCUACAGAAAAGGAAAAUGAAAAUCAGGACAGUGAGAACACAGGCAAGGAUCUUGAGCAAAGCGAUGCCACCGAGAAACAGUUAACAACAAAUGAUGCUGAUACAAAGGAACAAGCAUUUCCCGAGCCCUCCAUUGCCAGCGAACCUGUAGCUGAGGAAAAGUUAGGAGAAGCAGAAGCUGCUACGAGCAGCGCUACUGUUUUAACCCCCAGUAAGGUUGAAUCGACCUCUCCUGAGGAAACUUCUGCUAUGCUUGAACCAGCAUUUGUUGAUAAAACGCUAAGUACUGUUGUUGCCGAACCAGUUUUUCCUGCUGAAGCUCCUGUUAUUAUUACAGGCGAGCUAGCAACUGCACAGCCUAUAGUAGGUCCCGUAGCAGCAGAGCUUUCUGCCUUUGCUUCAUCAGGAGCUCAGGGACCAGCUGAACAAAGUCCCAAUGUGGCUGAAAUUAUACCUGAAGCUUUUGCCUUCAGUGAUACAUCUUUAUUAGCUGUAGAUGAAAUUCACUCAGACAGUUCAACAAACAGUCAACCAUUAAUAGUGUCUAGAGACAAUGAUAACAGUCCUUCAGCCUUCUCUGAGCCAGCUGUCAUUAUUAUAGGUUCUUUCUCUGAUGAAAGUGAUGACACCAUCCUUAGCUCCAAUAUCCAGAAUAGCUUUGAAAGAGACGAAAGAACAGUAGCCAAUAAUAUGCAAGUUCAAGAACAAGUAUCAGAACCUUUUGUUCACCCUGUUUUAGAACUUGACUCUUUCAAUACAGAGGUGUUUCCAGUUGCUGAGCCUUUGCAACAACCUGCUAUUGAACUAGAACCAGUGCCCAUUGAUGUAGGACUGUCUCCAGAUUCUGAGCCUUUGCAACGGCCUGUUGUAGAAGUAGAGGCAGUAUCUACUGAUAAUGCUAUACCAAUUCUACCUGUUUUUGAGGUACCAGAGGUUUCGGUAGCAAAAAUGCUAGAUGUCCAACCUCAGGAAACACAGUUAGUACCGGUCAUUGAACUGGAAGUACCACAACAAACUGCUGAAGCAAUACAAGCUACUCCUUUUGAAGAACUCCCUCUCGCUCUGCCCCUUCAACAGGUUCAGAUCCUAGAAACUGCCAAUUUACCAACACCUAAUGCCAGACCUGUUGAAACCUCACCUAGUGCAGAUCCAAAUACUGCAGUAUUCGUUAGAGAAAUUGAAUUAUCAGAAACUGAUACCAAACCUACUUUAGAAAUUGAGCUCACUAAACAUCGUUUUGAUGUAGCAAAGUCAAGUCAUCCAGAAGAUAGUACCACUUUCUUAGCAGAUACACCUGCACAUAAUGCCCCUAAAGAUUUGUUUUUCAUACCAGAAACAUUCCAAGUUCCAGAUGCAAAUCCUAGCCAAGUUGUUAAAGCUAAAAUGUUUUCCAAGCUUGGGGAGCCCAUGAAUUCUGAGUUCAUAAGAGUAACAGCUAAUGAACUUGAGAAACCAACCACCAUCCUGAGUGGUCAAACAUCUGAUCCUUUUAAUAUUUUUCCUGUUCAAAGUCCAUCUGUUGUAGGUGUAAAUUCAGAACAGUUCCAAAGUGAUUUUGUAUUUGUGCCAGAGCAGAUGCUGGUCAGAGAGCCAGAAAUCACAGAUGGUUUUAUAUUACCCUUAGAAACCCCGGUAUCAGCACCUCAAGUUCAAGAGCCUUUGCCAAAUCAAGCAACACAACAGCUAGUUCUGACUCCAGCAGGAGAAUCUAGCGCUGCCUCCUUGCAAGUAGAUAAUAUUAGUGUACCUGUUAUUGAACUUCCAGUUGAUGCUGAAACUGAAGAUCCAGAGGGCAUCCUUUUCAUUCGGGCAACUGAGCCCCUCGUCACUGAAAAUGCACAGUUAAAAAAUCGAUCUCCUAUGCAAGGGCUACCUCUGCUUCCUCCUAUGAUGAAAGUCCCUCGUCUCUUACUGUAGAUGUACAAAACUGUGUUCACACAUUUCCAAUUGGCUCCGAGUAAUAUUUUACAGGAAUUUGACUGGAAGUUUGCAAUGAUGACCUAACCUAUAUUUUCUUUGUAAGUUGUGCUGAACAUUUCUAGGUUGGGGUUUAUACAUAAGACAGUAUGAUACAGCAACUUAAUUCAUGAAUUAAUCCUUGCAAUUUCCCAGUUGACUUUUUCAAAUGUAUAGAUUCCUCGGAGCUGGGCGCCGGCAUGCUCCCCUUGUGAUAUUUACGUUAUAUGAAAAUCGAUUUGUUUUAGUGUUUGUCAGAGAGCUUUACUAAAUAAACAGUAUUAUUUAAAAA